AUGCGUAUUUGUAGACGUGUGUUUGCGUAUAUAUUAGUCUUUAGACAGUUAGCUCAAGUGCACACGUAUGCUAUGGAUGAGCUUAGAGGGGCGCUGGCGCUGCUAAAUGGUCUAGGAUAUGAAUUUAUGGUGUUCAUAAGAGAGAAAGACCACCUAAGAAGCGAGUCGAUUGAAAACAACUUCUUUUCAGAGAGUUUCAUAUCAUCUUCAUUUGGAAGAAACCCUCCAUUAACGUUCUAUCCGCAGAUAAAUCGGAAAACAAUGACAGUUUAUGAAACAAAUUACCAACCAACAAUAAUAAUACCGUUAGAUCAGCCCAUACUAAUGCAGGAUUAUUUGUACGCCGCUUUUAAGUUAUUAAGACAGGUGCCGUGUAAGGCAAUCGCUAAGCUAUGGAUAAAGAUAAUUGAGCCAAGGAAGAAGACCAGGUUCCCAUAUAUCAAAGGGGAUGCUAAAAAACCAGCGUGGUGGCCCAAGGAGGUAGAGCAUAAAGAGCCAGACCACCUGCACAAGGCAGAUCGGCUGAAAUUGAUGUGCACUAUAAUAAUGAAUGUUUUACCGCAAUUGCCCUCCAAGCUCGAGAUUUUAGAUGAGCUUGUAAGAUUGACCGUAUCAAUGACCAUUCUUAAAAGAGAAAAGGUGAAAAGAGUAGUCAUGAAGAAUGUUUUCGAAAUUGCAAAAUGUUUGUGUGACAGAGAUUCCAAACGUGAGAUCAUAACACUUGAUGAUCUAAAUGACUUGGCCAAAAAACAUAAAGAAUCAUAUUAUCGUCAUCGGUUGAAUGUCGAUGAAACGACCACUAUGAGAGAAAAGUUUUCACACGUUUCGGAUAGAGAUAAUUCUUCGUGCUCAAGGCUUCCUUCAAUGAAAGGAAAUCGCACAGAAUAUCUAUCCAGGGAACAUUCGGAAUACCUUGAAUCAAAUAGCGUAUCCCGGUUAGAAAAAGUAGUUGAUUUCGAUCCGCUACUCCUUACCAGACUGGAUGAAUUAAGCAGCAGUGAUUCGUUAGAUAGCAGCGACGACCCUCGGUAUUUUGCAUAA